AUGGCUGCCACUAAGAGUAAUUCUGCCAUUGAAACAUUGGAGAAGCCACUUUCAAAAUGGCGUUUUAACUCGUUUAGGAGCGGGGGGAAGAGACCCGAGCUGGUUCCCAUUGUCAACAAAGCCAAUGUCCUGCUCUAUAGCUUAUUUGGUGCAUCCGGUGUCUUGGGGGGUAGUGUCAUUAACAAAAUUGGGCCUCGAUACGCGCUUAUGAUAGGCGCGACUGGUUAUCCGGUCUAUGCAGGAUCUCUAUGGUGGAUUGACAAAGGCGAAGGAACCUGGUUCACACUUUUUGGUGGUGCAUGGCUAGGAUGCUCGGCUGGCCUAUUGUGGUCUACACAAGGCUACAUCACAACUUGCUACCCUACUGAGUCCAAGAAGGGCAAGUACAUCGCCAUCACAUGGACCUUGAAUGCAAUUGGGUCAUUGGUUGGCGCAGCUGUCGUGCUAGGUGUCACAAUCAACAAUACCUCGACAUCCGGGGUGCCAUCCUCAGUGUAUCUGACUUUCAUUUGUUUGGAAGUAUUCGGACUACUCAUAGCUGGGUUCUUGAUGGACCCAGCAAAGUUAAGGCGCGAUGAUGGCCAGCCCAUCGCAUCAUUUGAGCCAUUGCCUUGGUAUCAAGAGCUCAAAAUGCUUGGCAAGACCCUUGUGGAACCCAAGAUGACUCUCAUCACCCUGGGUAUUUUCAGUAGCGAGAUGUACUUGUCCAUGGCUAGCUCGUUCAACUCAUGGUAUUUCGACGCUAGGACGCGUGCCUUGGCUAAUCUUGGUUAUUGGGUUUUCCAAAUCCUGGGUUCACUCGCAGUGGCGUUUGUUUGUGACUCUCGUAUCUUCGGAUCUCGAAGGCAACGUGCUUUUUUCGCGCUAGGAUUAGUGGGAAUAGUUAUCGGGGGAACCUGGAUUGCCAUGCUGUCUUUCCUAGGAACGCACAAGAUUAACCGGCAUGACCCACCCCCAGGAAACGACUGGUCCAAUGCUGCGUUCGGUGGGCCUUUCGUGAUCUACAUGUUUCUCGGUGCAUGUUAUCCGAUCUACCAGAACUUCCACCAAUGGGCCUACAGCACUUUCUCGAACGAACCCCAUGUCCUCGGCCGAUAUAGUGGCUACUUCAAAGGCGUGCAGGCGUGGGGCACAGCUGUAGCUUUUGGCAUUGACUCUCACGAGGUUCCAUUCAUUCAUGAAGCGGCAGCGUACUGCUCGCUCAUGAUGGCUGGCUUGGCUCUUACUGCUGUCAGCAUAUACAGAAACACUCUUAAUACACGCUAUGGAAUGGAGGAGGGAGUGGCAAUACCCAAGGAGUCACGAGACUUUAUUCCUGGCUAUGCACUGGAGGACUCAACAGAUCCAAAUUCCGUCACUAUAGGAGUGGAGGGAAAGACGAGCCAGCACGAUAGCGACAAAGCUUCUACUGCUGCUUGA